UUUUGUGCUGUUUCCAUGGUCAGAGCAGCAGCUGGCAGGUGAGUGGAGGGCAGCAGGUGGGAGGAGAGUCCGGGAGCAACUUGGGCUGGAAGCGGAGAAGCAACUGGGCUGAAGCCUCUCAGCUGCGGCUGCUGCAGGUUCCCUCCCUCCCCAAAUGGAAGCCCACUGGUGCUGCAGGCUGGGAAACUGGGGGCUGCAAUUUCUGCUGGUGGGAAGCUUGAAAAAGCCUCUUUCAAGUGGAGGUUGGUUCUUUGGGAAUGGCUUCCCUCCAGAGGUUGUGGCUGCUCCGUCCCUGGAGGGUUUUGAGGGGCGAUUGGGCAGCCAUUUGUUCUGGACGGAAUAGGGUCUCCUGGCUGAACAGGGGAUGGACUAGAAGACCUCCAAGGUCCCCCCAACUCAAUUCUUCUCUUAUGGACCUGAUGUUUUCUGGGCAACAAGAUCGGAUUUAUGUGUCUCUGGUCGUUUCUGGAUUGUUUUGCUUCCAUUUCUAGCUAACAAGCAUCGUGUUUUCCUCUUAGUGCCCCCAUCCGUGUAUUCACCAGGUUCAACUGUGCUUAACCAGCACUUUUUAAAAACCAGCUAUUGAAUGUUUUGACUGUUCAGUUGUAUUUAUUUAUUUAUAAAAUGUAUUGGCCACCAACCUUACCAUGACAUAACUGUGGGCGGCUUAGAGGCAGUAAAUAAUACAUACACGUUAAAAUCUAAACAAAUUGUAGAAAGAAAAAUCCGGUCCGGUUCCAAGCCAGGAGAAAGGAGCUGGAAAUAAAAUGCUUAGUGACACAAUUGCAGUCAACAAAGAAGAUGGCAAUGAGCACUCUGGACAACUGAGGAUAACAAGCAACAUUGAACACCAAAGCAAGUCCGUCCAAAAAUCAAUAUAUCUUCCAUUUCCUUCAGAGAGCCACACAAUUCUUAAUCUUCCUCAGCAAGUGAGAGGAAAACGAGAGAAAAUCAAGAAGAGAUUUCUAGCUGGGAAAAGCAGAGUGUGAAAUUCAAUCAUGCAUUACAUGAAAGUCAAGGCAGAUUAUUUUUCCAUUGGGCAAAAGAGGGAAAUAUCUGGAAGUUACUGGGGAGGAAAAGGUCAAUUGGAAAACCACGUAGAGCAAGCCCACUCUGGGAGGAAGAAAAUGGCUUGAAUAAAAACACUGCUAAACAAGGAAUCAUCCAUAUUUUUGACUUCCAAAGGAAUAUGAGUUGUGGAAAAGCUUCAUAGAUGUGCCUGUUGUGGGAAAGAUACAACUUGCAAAUAACAGCUGAUUAUGCCUGAUUUUCUCCCGACUGGAGAAAAACCAUACAAUACUCUAAAUGUGGCAAAACCUCUGAUCAGAACACCUCCAUUGCGGUUCUUGUAAGGACCCACACAGGAGAGAAGCCCUACAAGUGCUCCCAAUGCAGUAAAUGCUUUAGGAAGCAUGGCAACAUGACUCAUGCCAAGGAGAAACCGUUUGAAUGUCCUGAUUGUGAGAAAUGUUUCUGUGAUAAUUCCAACCUGGUGAUACACCUGAGAAUUCACACAGGAGAUAAACCUUUUAAGUGUCCUGAUUGUGGAAAAAGCUUCAGUCGGCAUUCCAGCCUGGUGACACACCAAAGGACUCACACAGGCGAGAAACCCUUUGAGUGUCCUGAUUGUGGGAAAAGUUUCAGUCAGAAUUCCAACCUGGUGAGACACCAAAGGACUCACACAGGCGAGAAACCCUUUGAGUGUCCUGAUUGUGGGAAAAGUUUCAGUAACAAUUCCACUCUGGUGAAACACCAGAGGACUCACACAGGAGAGAAACCCUUUGAAUGUCCUGACUGUGGGAAAAGUUUCUAUCAGAAUUCCAGCCUGAUUCAACAUCAGAGGAUUCAUACAGGAGAGAAACCGUAUGAGUGUCCUGUUUGUGGGAAAAGUUUCAGUCAGAAUUCCAGCCUUGUGACACACCAGAGGAUUCACACAGGAGAGAAACCCUUUGAAUGUCCCGACUGUGGUAAAAGUUUGAGUUCCAAACUCAGCCUUCUGACACACCAGAGAAUUCACACAGGAGAGAAGCUCUUUGAAUGUCCUGACUGUGGGAAAAGUUUCCGUCAGAAUUCCAACCUGGUUCAACACCAGAGGACUCACACAGGAGAGAAACCCUUUAAAUGUCCUGAUUGUGGGAAAAGUUUCAGUCAGAAUUCCACACUGGUUCAACACCAGAGGACUCACACAGGAGAGAAACCCUUUAAAUGUCCUGACUGUGGGAAAUGUUUCCGUCGGAAUUCCAACCUCAUCGGCCAUCAGAGGAUUCACAUAGCAGAUAAACCGUUUGAAUGUCCUGAUUGUGGAAAAUGUUUCCGUCAGAAUUCCUAUCUCAUCAGCCACCAGAGGAUUCAUACAGGAGAGAAACAGUUUGAAUGUUCUGAUUGUGGUAAAAGUUUCAGUACGAUUUCCACCCUGGUGAAACACCAGAGGAUUCACACAGGAGAGAAACACUUUGAAUGUCUUGACUGUGGGAAAAGUUUCAGUCAUAAUUCCAGCCUGGUUCAACACCAGAGGACUCACACAGGAGAGAAACCGUUUGAAUGUCCUGACUGUGGGAAAAGUUUCAGUCAUAAUUCCAACCUGGUUCAACACCAGAGGAUUCAUACAGGGGAGAAACUGUUUGAAUGUUUUUAUUGUGGUAAAAGUUUCAGUACAAAUUCCACCCUGGUGAAACACCAGAGGACUCACACAGGAGAGAGACCCUUUGAAUGUCUUGACUGUGGGAAAACUUUCAGUCAUAAUUCCUGCCUGGUUCAACACCAGAGGAUUCAUACAGGAGAGAAACCGUUUGAAUGUUCUGAUUGUGGUAAAAGUUUCAGUCAGAAUUCCAACCUGGUUCAACACCAGAGGACUCACACAGGAGAGAAACCGUUUGAAUGUCCUGACUGUGGGAAAAGUUUCCGUCAGAAUUCCAACCUGGUUCAACACCAGAGGAUUCAUACAGGAGAGAAACCGUUUGAAUGUUUUUAUUGUGGUAAAAGUUUCAGUACGAAUUCCACCCUGGUGAAACACCAGAGGACUCACACAAGAGAGAAACCCUUUGAAUGUCUUGACUGUGGGAAAACUUUCAGUCAUAAUUCCUGCCUGGUUCAACACCAGAGGAUUCACACAGGAGUGAAACCCUUUGAAUGUCCUGACUGUGGGAAAAGUUUCAGUCAGAAUUCCACCCUGGUUCAACACCAGAGGACUCACACAGGAGAGAAACCGUUUGAAUGUCCUGACUGUGAGAAAAGUUUCCGUCAGAAUUUCAGCCUAGUUCAACACCAGAGGACUCACACAGGAGGAAAACUAUAUGAGUGUCCAGACUGUGGGAAUGAUCUCAGUACUAAGGUUAACCUUAUAAAUCAAGUACUUAUAAACAAAGGGGAGAAAUCAUUUUAAUGCCCCGAGUGUGGACGGUGCUUCAGGAAACUUUCCACCCUUAUUGCACACAGAAAAAUCUCCUAAGGCCCCAAGCGAUUAGUGUAGAGAAGGGUUGAAUUUCAUUUCUAGUGUCCCAGUGUAACUCCAGCUGAGAAAUUGACUAUUUAAUUUGAUUAAAUUAAAUAGAAUUUGCCUGAUUUUUUGUAGGCAAAUAUGUAAUGGUACUAGAUGGUGCAGAGGAAAGAAAAAGUUGGAACAUAUUACUUUGAUAAUGGCUAUCUUACCUUCAGCAUAAGAAGUUGCUGGAUAUUUAUUUUUGUAGAAAUUUGGCAAUUAUGUAAAAAUCUUUUUGGGAAUGUUCUUUGCAUUUUUGUGAUGGUGGAUGAUAGAAAUGCUAUGUGCCAGGAAUCCCAGCCUUUUUUUCCCUUGGUGCCCCCAAGAUUUUCAGCCUUAGAAUUCUCCAGCCAGCAUCUCUUGGGGAUUGGAGCCCUGAGAUAUAGAUUGUGGCUCCUCAUAUAAGGAGAAAGCAAGAGGAGAAGAGACACAGAGGGGAUUCAAAGUUUAUCUUUUCCUAACAGUUCCAGGAAUUUAGUGCACCAAGUACGUCUGUUCAGAUUGUGUCAAGAAUGAGGCACCCAAGUGGAAGAAACCAUAAUGAAUAGCAAAUAUAUUGGGGGAGUUUAUAGAGUAGUGAGAAAAGCAAUGUAAAAUUUCAGAUGUAAAGGCUGUUCUGCCCUUCAGGUAACCUUCAUGGUUCAAAAGCCAAAAGAAGCAAUUCGAUUGAAACAUGUCAGUUGCUACAUAUUCCUUUUCUCCCCAGAUUUUAUUCCAUUUGUGGUACAUGCUUUAAAACUGGUUCUCCUUCAUAGUAGGGGUGACUUGUUGUGAUUUUAUGGACACCUUUUGUUGGAAACAAUAUGGAACUCUUAU